AUCACAGCUGUAUUCUGUUUAUCCACAAAUCACAAUCACAUCUAGACUUUAUCAAUAGUAUAGACAGAAACAAUAAAAUAAAAUGAAUGAAGAAAUAGAUGAAUAUGAUAUUUAUCAUCAAGAUUUUACAACAGCUUCGGAAUGGGAAGUACUUAUUGCUCGUAUAGAAGAGAUAAUUUCUGAAUGGCAUUUGACAAAAUCUAAAGUCUCUAAAAGUUGUUCAGAAUAUUCAAAAAGGUGGAUAACAAAAUCAGAGGAAUUAAAAUUUCGAGGACUUUACUUUACGCUAUCAUAUCAUGCACUCGAAUCUAUUAAAAGUCAGGAGGUAGAAAACGACGAAAAGUCUUUGUUAACAGAACUACAAGAAGGACUUUGGAGUGCGACCACAAACUUUAUGGAUGAUUUAGAUGGUAGCCCUUAUCCAGUUUCUCAUUGGUUUGGAUUAAAAAGAUACUUAAUGUUGUGUCCUAAAUCUCCACUUGUAGACGGUAGUCUUAUCAAGCUCAUUAUGAGUUCAGUUAAUAUUGCUUUUGCUAAUGUAGAUUGUGCUGUUGCAUUCUUUGUGAAAAUAAGGGAGCAUUGGCAACAUAUUUACUUAGGAAUAUAUGAAGAUAAUGAGUAUAAAAUGAGUUAUGAUAUUAUUCAUUUAAAGCGUAUUUCGAAUCAGUGCUCUCAUCUUAGUGGCCUUGUAAGUUUAUUUAAGUCUAAAAUAUCUUCACCUGUACCUCUCGAUGCAGUUGUAAUAUCUACAAAAUUUUCAUAUGAAUUAAAAGAUUCUGAUUCUUUUGCUUGGAGAAAAAGAAGUCAUUCUAAUGAGUUCUUGUCAAUUGAUGGUUUUGAUGUCAAAAAGUUAAUAGAGCUGCCCUUUGGGUCUGAGAGUAAUCCAUUGCACAGUGCACUUCUUAACGCAAUAUGGCCUCACUUCCGGGAAAGUGCUAUAGUUGAUUCUUCCACAUUUUCUGAUAUAGAUCCUAUUAUGGCACCCAUGUGGACGAUAACUUUAACAUUAAGAAAUAAUUUAAGUUGUCAGUUGUCAGAAAUUAUUGGAAAAAUUAUGAAUUUAUUAGAUAAUAAUAAUCUGCUGAUGGACACAUUAGGAUUGAGUAGAAGUUUGGGCUUGGUUAAUCCUUUAAAUAAGAUUACAGAAGCACCUAUCACAAUAUCCAAACUUGUUAAAGCUGCAGUGGGAAGAAAUACUCAAAUAUCUGAAUUCAAGGGGCCAAUAACAGAUGAUUUGUUAAUGCCUUUAUUGUAUUAUGUAUUUCCUGAUGCCGUUGAGGAUAAUACUUUUCCUUAUUCUGAAAGAUUAGAUGCAGAAAGUAAGAAGGAUAUAAAUGAAACCAAGUUGUGCAGUUAUGUAAAAACAAGUCCUGAAGAUGGUCUUGUUUGGAGGUUAUCAGUUACUUCUGCUCGUUUGAUGGAUGCUGGAGGACUGCCUUAUUUGGCUCAUUUUUGGUAUGAAUUUACACAAGAGCUGCAAUAUAGAUGGGAGCACAGAAUACUUGUGCCUGGAAUGGUGGAUGGCGCGCCAAAUGCUCGGACUUGUCUGCUUCAUCAGAAAUUACAAUUAUUGAAUUGCUGUAUAAAAAAAGCCCAAGAAGGAUCUAGUAAUGCAACGGGUAAUUCAUCUGAGGAGGAAUUCUUCGACUGCUCAGAUGAAGAAGGAGCAGAUGACCAAUUACCUUGGGAUCGACCAGUUGGACGCUUGAAAAGACUCGAUGACGCUACACUAAAAAAUGGCGCCCCACUUUAUAUUCCUCGGACUCAGGACCCGGCUCCUAAAACUGAAGAUCAAUUAGAAGAGGAUGCUGAAUUGAUGGUGAGAUUGGGUGACGAUGCUAAGGCAUCAGAGCUUCGUGCAAGGAUGAUGAGCGCAUCUCUUCUUUCGGAUAUGGAGGCCUUUAAGGCUGCUAAUCCCGGAGCUGAGCUGUGUGACUUUGUGCGAUGGUAUUCACCUAGAGAUUGGAAACCAGACGACGGUGGUUCCUUAGGAGACCGUAUGCUCUUACCCGGGAAUCCUUGGGUCGAAGCGUGGAACGUAGCGCGACCUGUGCCAGCGGGUCGUCAACGACGCCUUUUUGAUGAAACGAGGGAAGCAGAACAAGUGUUACAUUUUCUUCGAUCUAGAUCAGUAGGCGCUGUUGGGGAACUUUUAUUACCUGCUUUGUUAAAGGCAGGCGCUUUGAAAGCUAUGUCUGAAGGAGCUUCCACAACAAGCUCAUCAAUAGGAGGAGUAGAUAAAAGACGUACUUUUGAAAUUGCCGCAAGAGAGUUAUUUGAAGCUGAAAAAGAAGCUUGCCGGUCUAUUUGUGUGCGAAAAGUGUUAGGGAACAGUGCUGAGGGUAAGCCUUUGGACGCUGCUGGAAGGUCAAGGGUUUUGUCUGCGAUGGGCGGCGCCUUGCCUGCACCGACACGUCGUGAAUUUACUUUGAGGGUGAAAGACGAAGUGGGUCCGCAAGUGAUGCGCGCAGCUCUCUCUAAUGACAUGACUAUAAUAGGUGCUUUCACUGAACGUACCGUUUGUUUAUAGACUCAUUUGAGUUGUUUCGACAGUUACAAUUCAUGGAUUUGAUUAAUACUAAAGUCAAUUUCAAUAAAUUUUAUUUCAAAUAACUUGUAUUGGAUAUUUAAAGGAAUUGAAAGAUAUCAUACGUAUGAUGUACGUAUGUUUUGAAUUUUAAUAAUUUCUUUAGUUACAAAAUCAAAAAUUAAGUAACAAAAUUUACAAAAUUGUUCAAUAUUUUUAUGAGUAGAUAGAAUAAAAGAUUGAGUCAAUAAACUAGAUAGAUUUCUAUAUAAUCGUUAGCUAGAACUGCUAGGUUGGUACUAAUUGUUGGUUAUAAAUUAAGAAAAAAUAUUGUUGGAAUUUUACAAUAUAGGUACGUAAGAGUUAAUUGUUGUGGAAUAAUUGAUCUCUUGUGAAGAGAAUGUUUAAUAUGAUUUCUAAUUUUAAUAAAUUUCCAACCGACACGAUAUUGAAUAUAUUUCGUUAUGUAAAUAUUUAUUUUAACGCUAAAACGCAAAAAUUUUACCUACUUUUUUUUUG